GCUGGUGAAGGAGGGAAGAGCACUGUAAAGCGAGGGAGAAGGUGAAAUCACAGCCGCACAGAGGAGAGACUAAACAAGGAGGAGAGGAAGGAUGAGUGGAGGAGAAAGCGCUGAUCACUGAGGUCUCCGGGGAGGAGAGAGGAGAGGAAGGAGAUGAGCAGGGAGAGGGGGGUGAGCAGCUAGCACUGAGAACAUCCAUCAGCUCAGGCAGCCAUGCUCUGAGCUUCAGAGCAUCAGGCCCAGCUCAGCCCUGCGUCCCAGCCACAAACAACAGGGCAGGGAUAAAAGCAGAUUCUCCUCACAUCAGCUGUGCACAAGAGCCAUGAGGACAGCCAGGAAAGGCAGCGUGGAGAUGCCUGCAUUUAUGCGGCAGCUGGUGAAAGAGACAGAGAAGCGGGUCAGCUCUUUCUUCAAGGCGGGCCGUGGAGGAGCAGCAGUGGGAGAGCCGCCAGGGGUUGGGGAGAAGGAGGAGGCCAUCCCCAGCCCCUACCUGGACAGGCCAGUCCUGGACAAGUUAGCAGAGGAGGGCUGCGCCCGCUGGGGCCUCACCUAUGCCCUGGGAAGUAUGCAGGGCUGGAGGGCCAACAUGGAGGAUUUCCACAACUGUGUACCACAGCUGGGUGGAGACCUGGCCGACUGGAGCUUCUUUGCUGUGUUCGAUGGUCAUGCAGGCAGCACGGUGGCACAGUACUGCUCCCAGCACCUUCUGGGUCACAUCCUGGCCACAGGUGGAAUGGGACCAGAGGACGACCCUGAAAAGGUGAGAGGAGCCAUCAUCGAGGGCUUCCUGCAAACAGACAAGCACCUGCUCUCUGUGGCACGCCGAGAAGGCUGGGAGAGGGGUGGUACCACUGUGGUGGCCACUCUUAUCUCACCAUAUUACAUCUACUUUGCCAACUGUGGUGACUCCAGGGCCAUGCUGUGCCGGUCUGGCCAGGUUUGCUUCUCCACCGAGGACCACAAACCUUACAGCCCUCUGGAGAAAGAGCGUAUUGAGAGUGCAGGCGGCUCUGUGACCAUCCAACGAAUCAACGGUUCCCUGGCAGUGUCCCGUGCUCUGGGGGACUUCAGCUACAAGGGGGCAGAGAACCGGACGCCCACCCAGCAGAUGGUGUCACCAGAGCCAGAGGUGUGUGUUGUGGAGCGCUCACCGGCAGAUGAGUUCCUGGUGCUCGCCUGCGACGGGGUGUGGGACACCAUCAGCAAUGAGGAGCUGUGCGCCUUCAUCCACAACCGGCUGCGUGUUUGCACUGACCUGAGGGAUGUCUGCACUCAAGUCAUUGACCUCUGUCUCUAUAAGGGCAGCUUGGACAACAUCAGCAUCAUCCUGUUGUGCUUCCCUGGAGCCCCCCAGCUGUCAGCAGAGGCAUUACAUCAAGAGGCCGAGUUGGAGGACCUGCUGGAAUCCAAAGUAGCAGAGAUUUAUGCGGAGCUGUGUGCCAGAGGGGAGGAACCUGAUCUGCUGUCUGUCCUCACAGUCCUCGCAUCCACUGUCAUCCCUGGAUUACCACCAGGUGGAGGCAUACAGAGCAAAAGGAACUGCAUUAUUUCUGCUUACUAUCAACAAAGAGAGACACACAAGCCCACACUGCCAAAUGGCCUGGGGGGCUCCUGAGAAGCCUGUUUGGAUUUUUAUCUCAAAGGAUCCAUGGAUCCAAGUGUGCAGUUUGACAAAAAGGCAGCUGAUGAACAGACAAGGACGUUUGUUUACAUCAUGCCAGCAAGCAGAAUAACAAAUACAAUGCAAAAAUAGAUCUAAUAAUGCCUGAUAUGGUUUAUAUUUAUACAAGAAGUUCGUUUUGUAAAACUUACUCAGAGAAACCAAUCCAGCAACAAACCUCUGCCUCAUAUUCAGUGAACAGAAGAUACAUAUGUUUAUUUCAAAUGACAGUGAAUAGCAGCCAACUGUGAAAUUGUACAUUGGAUCAAAUAAGGAAUGUGAGUAUAUGUAGGGUUUUAUUUUAAAGAUGAUAUUUUAAGAAGUGAUAUAAUAAAAGAAUAAUUUUAAGGAAAAUGUGUUGACUGAAACAUUGUCAGUGCUGGCCAAAAGCUAGAGUGCAGCUAACAUAUAUCCAUUUGUUUCAACAUCUUUUCCCCUCAUGGUCGAAAGUGGCAGGCAAAUAAACACUGAUCAAAUAUUUCAUCUACUAAUUUAAUCUCAACACAUACACACAUUUAGUCAAGAAAAAAAAUCACACAUAAUCUAAACUCUUCUUGAAUAGCCGUUUUUGUUUAUUUUAAACUUGCAGACUAAGAUCUACAUAGAAGUAAUGUUUGGAAAAUGUGUAAUUUGUUAAAAUAAUUUGAUAUAUUAUUAUCAAAAGAGCUAUCCAGCAUGUUGCAAUUUGAUUGUAACCAAAAUCUCAAAUUAAAAGUAUCAAAGAAUUUUGCCAAAUACCCUAAAAUCUAUAUUUUCUGACCAAUAAAUAUAUAUGUUAUAUAAGUUCUACAUGUGCGCAUUUUUCAUCUAGUAAGCAUAAUCUAUAUAUUAACCAUGUUUCGAAACACAUUCUUUGAUACAAUGUAUGUGAAAUGUGUUUUUUUCCCCCGUAAGUUGGUUGAUAUGUACUGUGCUGCCUUAUCCAUCUUUUUUAUAGAGUUGAUAAAAUAAACAGCAUCAGAACGGGUAAUUUUCAGGAUGGGUCAUUUUAUCUGCAUCAUACCGCAUUGUUAUAUUAUUUUGGUGAGAUAUUUUCUGUGUAUAGACGUUACAUGUCAGGAUUGUUUUAAACCUAAAUAAAGAAUAUUUGACUGAC